UUUCUACGACGGAACCAAUAUGGAUACACACUACCUCUCGAUGGACCAAUUUAAAGUGUUUAGUGGACGUGGUGGACAGCAUGGAAAGAAUUUCUGUAAACUUCACACGAUCGUGUUACAAUCGCGGCUACAAGGUUUCUAGGACAUUACAAGAAAUAUUUUAUACGGAUCGAAGGAAACACAUGGACGUGAAAACUUUCGGUCCUAUAUUGAACUUUCAAGAGGAUCUGCUCUUCAUGAGCGAUGACUCCAGCUGUGCAGUGGUUAUGGUCACGACGAAUAUUUGUGGCAAACGUCACAAGUAUGACCUGAGAAUUAGAAAUACGUUCAUCACAAAGACCCCGCACAAGAAUUGUGUGAAAGCAUUCGAGAAGUACGAGAAACACGCAAAAGUUAUCUACGACCCAAGCUGCCAGCAUAUACUUGCGAAACUUGGAGAGUCACAGCCGUACGAGCCACAAAAAGAACGUUGCAUAAAUGAAGUUCAUUGACGCUCACGUGUAUUCAGUGCCUGGAAACUUCAACAAAUUCGCAGGACGGAACCAGUUUCUCAAGACAGAAAUUCUCAGGACUGAACCAGCUUUUUGAGGAAAACGCUGUUUUAUGCAUUGAAGCACAAAGUUAACUGGAACGCCUAAGCAUUUUGUCGGACACUUUGAAAAUUAAUAUCUUGAAACUGGUUCAG